AUGGCUUCGUUUUUACCAGAUAUCGCAGAGCCAAAGCAUGCUGAAAUGUUUGCAGCUCUCUCAGAUGGUAUUCUUCAUGAUACACCUCCUGCUUUGAUUAAAGAAAUUGUUGGUGACCAUUUGACACAAGAAGAAAUUGAAGAAUAUGCCAAAACAUUCAACAGACCCUCACAAAUUCCUGAGUUCAAGGAGAGAGUUUUGUUUGCCGUGAAUAACAACACCACAGAAGCAUCACGUUUGUUCAUCAUUUUGAUGACCAUCUUGGAUUCGAGAAUUCUUGCCCCAACGUUGACCAACUCAAUGACUUUAGUCAAGGACAUGAGUUUGAAAGAACGUGAGCAAUUGAUGGCAUCUUGGCGUGACUCCCCUAUACCAGCUAAAAGAAGAUUAUUUAGAAUGGUACAUGCGCUUACUUUGAACACAAUGGCAGUAUUGGGUAACGAAUUGCACUACAAGGCUAUCCACUACCCUGGAAAGUAUAAAAAAGAGAAGCCAUACGAAGGUUACCAGGCUGAUCCGUUUAGAUAUGACAUGUUGCCAAAACCGGAAUUCGAAGACGCAGAAUUGUACUUGACAGAUAUCGAUGUUGUCAUAAUUGGAUCCGGUGCUGGUGCUGGUGUUGUUGCACACACGUUGGCCAAUGAUGGUUACAAAAGUUUGAUUUUGGAGAAAGGAAAAUACUUUUCCCCAUCAGAGUAUACUUUUACUGAUAAAGAUGGUCUCGAGCAACUUUACCAAGGUCAUGGAUUGCUUACAUCAACAAGUCAAGAAAUCUUUAUCUUAGCGGGAUCUACAUUUGGAGGAGGUACCACUGUUAACUGGUCUGCAUGUUUAAAGACUCCUUUUAAGGUUAGAAAAGAAUGGUAUGAUGAUUACGGAUUGGACUUUGCUGCAACUGAUUCGUACGACAAAUGUCAAGAAUACGUUUGGAAACAAAUGGGCGCUUCAACUGAAGGAAUUAAACACUCUUUGGCCAAUGAAGUUCUCGUUGAAGGUGGUCAAAAGUUGGGCUACGCUAGUAAAGCAAUUGAGCAAAAUUCAGGUGGUCAUCAUGGUCAUCCAUGUGGUUUCUGCCAUUUGGGUUGCAAACAUGGUAUCAAACAAGGAUCUUCCGUCAAUUGGUUUCGUGCAGCUGCUGCAAAUGGUUCCAAAUUCAUGGACCAGGUAAGAGUGCUCCAAAUCUUGCACAAAAAUGGAGUUGCAACGGGUCUCUUAUGUCAAGAUGAAGUUACUGGAAGAAAAUUCAAGAUUACCGGUCCAAAGAGAUUUGUUGUUUCUGGUGGUUCAUUGAAUACGCCCGUGGUUUUGCAAAACUCCGGUUUCAAAAACAAACACAUUGGUAAAAACUUGACAUUGCACCCAGUCACUACUGUCUUUGGUGACUUUGGUCCAGAGGUGGAGGCUGAUCAUUUUGAUAACUCAAUCAUGACCUCUGUCUGCACUCAGGUGGAUGACUUGGACGGAAAAGCACAUGGUGCUAAGAUUGAAACAAUUUUAAACACACCAUUUAUUCAAGCUGCUCUUUUACCAUGGAGAGGAAGCGAUGAAGCAAGAAAAGAUCUAUUGCGUUACAACCACAUGUGCGCAAUGUUGUUGAUCACUCGUGAUACUUCCACUGGUUCAGUUACUUGCGAUCCAAACAGACCUGAAGCAUUAUACAUUGAUUACAAUGUGAGCAAGUACGAUAGAAAUGCCCUUUUGCAAGCCUUCCUCGUCACUUCAGACAUUUUGUACAUUGAGGGUGCAGUAAGGAUUUUGAGUCCUCAACCAUGGGUUCCAAUCUUUGAGUCGAAGAUACCAAAAGAUAAGCGAUCCAUCACUGAUAAAGAUUAUGUCGAAUGGAGACAAAAGGUUGCAAAAAUUCCAUUUGAUAACUACGGAACUCCAUACGGGUCAGCUCAUCAAAUGUCCAGUUGCAGAAUGUCUGGUAAAGGUCCAAAAUAUGGUGCCUGUGAUACGAAAGGUAAGCUUUUUGAAGCUUCCAACAUUUACAUCGCAGAUGCUAGUUGUAUGCCAACAGCCUCCGGUGCUAAUCCAAUGAUAUCUACAAUGACCAUAGCUAGACAUGUCGCACUUGGAUUGUGUAACGACUUGAAGACAAAGGCUAAGUUAUAG